AUGCCCAGGAGUUUGCGAUCUGGACGAGUGGGAGAGAUGGCAAUCUCGACCCCUGAACGCGACCGCGACCGCGACCGCGAAGCGACAUCCCUGCCAACCGAGCUACCAGCACCACUAAAGAGGCGCGCAAGAAACACUAUCGAGCAAAACGAACACUACCGCAGGCGACCAUUACAGCUAGACCUAUCAGCCGACGACUCCGACACUAUCCAGAUUGAAAGCAGCCAACCCAUCCGUCAAGCCAGGAAGAGCACCGCCACCAACAAAGACCUACUUACCGCGUUAACUAAGAUCAUCCAGCAGCAGAAUGAAACGAUCUAGAACCUUGAGCGCGAAACAAGAGAGAUUAGAAAGAACCAGCAAGCGAUUAUCGACUAUAAUAUGAAACUUAUUGACGAGAUCGCUGAGCUAAAGACACGCGUUGAUGACC